UUAUUUUAUUUCAUUAUUAUUAUUUUUUUUCCCAAAGGAAAAGCCCGAUCAAGGCUUUGGAAUUAUUGCAGGAAUUUGAUACUGCCAAAAGACAAAGCAUCUCAAAAGACAAAGCAUGUGGGAUUAAUCUUUAUGGAUCUGUGUGGGUCUGACAGGCUUGUCUAGACACAAAUUAAAGAAACAAUAAUCAAAGAUGUAGAAGAGCUGUUUGUUGGUUGUUGUUGACAUGCAAAACAAAGAGAGAAAGAAAGAAAGAAAGAGAGAAAGAAACCCAUUUAGGCAUAUUUGAAGUCGUAUCUGGUUUCCAAUCCUGAAGCCAUUGAAGGUUCAUUCAUCUUCCAGCUGUUUGUUUGUGGAAGGAUAAAAAACCAUGGCUGACAAAGUGGUGGGUGAAUCCGUCCUCUCCGCUUCCCUUCAAGUGUCAUUUCGUAGGAAUGCUUCUCAGGAGUUCGUCGACUUCGUUCGACGAAACAAAUUCGAUGAAGUGCUCGACGACUUGAAGAAGGUUUUAGUGUCGGUUAGUAAAGUGCUGAAUGAUGCCGAGAUCAAACGAUUCAGUAAUGUAGAUGUGAGGGUUUGGUUUGAUUUCCUCGAAAACUACAUCUACGAGGCAGAGGACUUGGUUUAUAGAAUCUACACCGAAGCUGAAGAAGAAUCUGCAAGCAGUAGCAGCAGCAUAUCUAAGCAGGUAAGCAAUUUUCAACUCCAUAAGAUCAUUGAAUCGAUCAAAUUUAUUGUGGAAAAAGUGUCCAAAGUUGGUUUGAUAGAAGGUGUUGAAAUUGACAGUUUCCAAAGAUCAUCAUCAUCAUCUGAAACUAGUAAUUUGGCCUAUAUUUGUGGGAGGGAUGCUGAGAGGAAAGCCAUCAUUGACUUGUUGUUACCUGAUAAAGACUGGCAUAAGAUAUCCGUUAUUCCCAUUGUCGGUGAGGUUGGGAUCGGCAAAGCCACCCUGACUCAGCUUGUUUACAUGGAUAUUCACAACAACUCCAACAAACCUUUCGAUGUCAAAGCAUGGAUUACCGUAGGCGAUAAAUUUGAUGUUUUCACGAUAGUAAAAGGAAUUUACCGCCAGGCAGUUACUGAUUCACCAAAUUGCCAUAUUGGGAAUCCUUAUGAACUUCAACUUGAGUUGAACAAGUCUUUAGAGGGAAAAGGGUUUCUAUUUGUUCUUGAUGAUGUUCGGACUCCGAAUUUUGGCGAAUGGUGCGCAAUAAAGAGAAUGUUCUCAUUUGCAUCACAUGGAAGUAAGAUUCUCGUAACAACAAGGUUUAUAGCUGUUGGAUCAGGGCGGGCUACUGUUCCCAUUUGUAAGCUAGGAUUAUUAUCACACAAAGAUUGUUGGCAGUUAUUUUCAAAACGUGUCUUCAAUAAUGUAGAUCCAAGGGCAUAUCGAGAUUUGGAAGAAAUUGGUAGACAAAUUGUUAAGAAAUGCAGAGGUGCUCCUUUAGCAGUGAUAUUACUUGCUGGUCUUCUGUGUACCAAUCUAAAUACCGUGAAAUGGAAAAAUGUAUUGAAUAAUGAGAUUUGGCGUUCACAUGGACCCACAGAUUUUCCAGCUCUAAGCUUGAGCCACCGUCAUUUGCCUAACCAUCUAAAACAAUGCUUUGCUUACUGUUCAAUUUUCCCUCGAGGUUAUGGAUUCCAAAAGGAAAAAUUAAUUUUAUUAUGGAUGGCUCAAGACCUUUUGCUGCCCCAGAAUAAUAAGAUGCUAGAAGAAGUGGGAGAAGAGUACUUUAAUGAUCUAGAAUCAAGGUCGUUCUUUCAAAAAAGCGUAUUUUGUGAUUUUACAAGAAUCAAGAAAUUUUUGUUUUGAGGUUGAAUGACAAUUACUUAGCAUUCCAUCCAAGGAAGAUUCGUCAUUUAUCGUGGAUGGGAAAUGAGAUAUUCAAUACCACAACCUUAGUGUAUCAACUUGAACAUAAUGUGUUGUGCAGUCUACUACAAAUGAAUGGAUGGUUUGGAUUGAAUAGCAAGUUCCCGAGACUCCCUGCAGGACUGCAACACUUCAAAUGCUUAAGAGUGCUUUCCUUGUGUGGAGUUGAUAAUAUCGAAAGGUCGCUUGAUCCAAUUGGCAAAUUAAGGCUUCUAAAGUAUUUGGAUUUAUCUUGGACUGAAAUUAAAGAAAUACCUAAUACAAUUUGUAGUCUGUACAAUUUGCAGACACUAUUAUUACAUUAUUGUGGUAAUCUUAGUAGGUUGCCUGAUUCAAUUGGCAAAUUGAAGCAUCUAAGGUACUUGGAUUUAUCUAACACUCAAGUCGAAAGGAUUCCUGAUGCACUUUGUAAUUUGCACGAUUUGCAUACUCUGUUAUUGGGAUCAUGCAGAAAGCUUACUCGUCUACCAAGGUAUAUGGAAAGACUGAUCAAUUUACACCACUUGGACAUUACUGCUACAUCUUUAAGAGAAAUUCCACCGCAACUAACAAACUUGCGACAUUUGGAAAUAUUAAGUGAUUUUUCUGUAGGCACAAGCACUGGAACCAGUAUCAAAGUGUUAGAUGAGGUUCAAGAUAUGCAUGGAAAUCUUAGAAUUAGAAGCCUUGAAGAGGUAGUAAAUGUUGAUGAUGUUGUAGAGGUCAAUUUGAAAGAUGAGAAGUGUAUUACUGAUCUGAGUUUGGUUCAAGAUAUGCAUCGAAAUCUCAGAAUUGGAAGCCUUGAAGAGGAAGUAAAUGUUGAUGAUGUUGUAUAGGUCAAUUUGAAAGAUGAGAAGUGUAUUACAGAUGAGAAGUGUAUUACUGAUCUGAGUUUGGUUCAAGAUAUGCAUGGAAAUCUCAGAAUUGGAAGCCUUGCAGAGGUAGUAAAUGUUGAUGAUCUUGCAAAGGUCAAUUUGAAAGAUGAGAAAGGUAUAACUGAUCUGAGUUUGGAAUGGGAAGGUGAUACUGUUGAUUCACAGAAAGCACGAGAAGUGCUUAACAAACUUCAACCACACGUUGAUCUUGUGCAAAUAUCUAUUAUAAAUUAUGGAGGUCUAAUCUUUUCAGAUUGGAUAAGUGGCUGUUCAUUUUCCCGGUUAGUAUACAUGUGGCUAAGUAAAUGUAAAAACUGUUUCUAUUUGCCACCACUUGGACAGUUACCUUCCCUGAAAUCACUUAGCAUUGAUGGGUUUGAUAGGGUGAAAAGCAUAGGUGAUGAAUUCUAUGGCAGUAGUUCGUCUAUUGUGAAUAAGCCAUUCAAGUCCUUAGAAAAAUUAAGUCUUACAUUUAUGCCACAGUGGAAAAAGUGAUCAUUGGUGGAAGGUGAAGUUUUGUCAAAACUUAAGGAACUUCAUUUAAUAGAUUGUCCAUCCUUGAUGUUAAAUGGGGCUUCCAUCCCUGAUUCUCUUCCAUCCUUGAUACAUAUUUACAUUUCAAAAUGCCAAGAACAGGUGGUAGUCUCACUCCUAAAUGUCAACUUCCAUUGCUCAGUUCCUUGUACAUAGGUUAUUGCCCUGAAUUGAAGACAUUUCCAGAGAGGAGAUUGCCCACUAAUAUACAAACCAUUGAAAUUUGUGGAUGUGAAAACCUUGAGUCAUUUUCCGAAAGAGAGAUGGCCUUCAAAUUUAAAAUCACUUUCAAUUGGCAGUUGUGGGAAGCUAUUUGCACCUUGCAUGCAGUGGAAUCUGCAAACACUCACCUCUCUUACAUCUUUAGACUUGAGCUGCAUAGAUGACGUGGUGGAUUCAUUUCCAGAAGAAGGGAAGCUUCCCAAAACUCUGACUUCUCUAACUUUAUGCCGUCUUCAUAACCUUAAAUCUCUAAAUGGCAAGGCCUUUCAGCAGCUCACCUCCCUUAAAGAAUUGUCAAUUUCAUACUGCAAACAGUUGCAAUGCAUGCCAAAAGAAGGGCUGCCUCCUACCCCGACUUCUCUUCAUCUGAGUUGUCUUGAUAAUCUUAAAUCCAUAGAUAGCAAGGCCUUUGUACGGCUUGCCUUCCUUGUAAAAUUGUCAAUUUCAUAUUGCCCACAGUUGCCAUGCAUGCCAGAAGGAGGGUUGCCUGGUUCUCUUUCUCAACUGAUAAUCGAGUGGUGUUGUUUUCUAAAUCCACGGUGCCAAAGAGAGACAGGGGAAGAUUGGCCAAAGAUUGCUCACAUCCCUUGCAUAUGCUUAUAUCCAGAUUGAUGUGAUAAGUACUGUACCGAUCUAUCCAUCUCUUCUAGAAUUUUUCAGAUGCAUGGAUAUUGUUUAGAUUCAUUUUGCGGAGGCAGGGCCUGCCUUGCUGGCUGGGAAUUUCUUCCAGCUAUCAGUUGAAUUGGAGUGCUCAUUAAAACAAGGGAUUUCCACUUCAGUUUCUUGUUUGACUAUCUAGCUACAAAUAUCCUCUACUACAGCGCAGGUUGGAAUUCAUGGGAUCGGCACAUAAUGAGUUAUAAUGUUGGAAGCAAAAGUUUGUUAUUCCGAAUGGCCGAUUCAGUACUGCCCAAGCUUCAAAGUCAUCAUCUCUAGCACUUCUCAAUUUUCAAUCAGCAUUCCAGCAUAAUGGAUUUAUUUCAGAUGUUUAAGUUAUCAAAAGUGGGAUUUUCUUAAUUAAAUCAGCUUAAAUCCAAGGGCGGUGGAUUUUUCUGCAGAAGUUUACCUUAUGUUUAAAUCAUAUCAGAGUACAAUAAUGCCGCUGGUAAUUUAUCUGCAGGUAUUUUGUAAAUGAACUUCCCUGUAGGUUGCACGAGGCUUUGUUUCUUUUAUUAUUCUUUCGACUGCAACGAGCAUCUGCUUGUGAAUUAAUAAUUUACAGGUUCUUUGUUAGAGUAUGCCAUAUGAUAAUCCUACAUUGUUUCUCAUUGCCUUAAUGAACUCUUACAGGGUUUCAUCUUU